AUGAAGCGUUCCACGAGAUGUACAGUUAAACUGCGACUCUUCUGCGAUGGACUGCCGCGUGACAUUUGGAAGCAAUGCAAGGACGAGCUGCGUUGUCUAAAAUGCACCAAACGGUACAGCGACUGGCGCAGCCUACGGAAACACAUGAAUUUUUUCUGUCAAAUGGAGCCGCUCUAUCCUUGCCCGUACUGCUCUCAUAGAGCUAGAAUACCUACUUUGCUAAAGUAUCAUAUUGUUCGGUUUGGUCUGGAUGCGCAGCAAUCAGAAGACUCCUUCGGGGAACAAUCGGAUAAGCCCAACUUCGUGUGUCCUAAAUGCAACAAGGGCUAUGCUUGGAAGGCGAGCCUUCAGCGUCACUUGAGCACUGUAUGCGGCACAUCGCUCAUGUUCUAUUGCAACCUCUGUGGGUACAAGACCAGUCGCAAGGACGUUCUCUUCAGGCACAUACGACAUGUGCAUCCAAACUGA